AUGGCGAAGAUGGCCCGGGGUGAUAGUGUGGGUAGCACCGGCAGCGCCGGUGGCAGGUUGGGUGGGGGUGGGGGUAGUGCAGGAGGCAUUGGAGGUGUAGGAGGAGGCAUGGGGUUGGAAGGCGGAUUAGGCUCUUCCAUGGGUGGAAUAGGCACACUCUUCAGAAACAACUCCACCUCUGCAGCUGCUCCUGCUCCUGCUGUUUCUGCUGCCGCCGCUGCUGCUACUGCUGCUUCGCCUGCUGUCAACAGUCCGCACUACUCCCUUCCUCCUGCCAGCCCCCAUCAGUUCCGUACUGCUGCUGUGGCUCCCGCUGCGGCGAACGCUGCGGCCAGCAGCCCUGCCCUUGCAUCCUUCCACAGGAGGGGGCGAGGCUCCUUUGGAAGCGGGGGCAGCGGCGGCGCCGGUACUGGCAGCUCUGGUGGCCCUAGCUGGGCGAGUGGUGGGGCUAGUUAUAUGGCCGCUGGUGCUGGGGUUGGUGGUGGGGUUGGUGCUGGGACCAUUGGUGGGGUUGGUGGUGUGGUGAGUGGUGUGAGUGGUGGUGCCAUUACUGCCAGUGGCAGUGGUAGCAGAGGCGGGUCCGGUGCUGCGUCCCCUGGAGGACUGGGUUUGACUGAUCCAGUGACAAUAGCAGGGGGCGGCGGGAGUGUGGGGGCAGGGGCAGGAACAGGGGUAUGGGCAGGGAUGGGGGCAGGGGUAGGGGCAGGGGUAGGGGCAGGGGUAGGGGCAGGGGUAGGGGCAGGGGUAGGGGCAGGGGUAGGGGCAGGGGUAGGGGGAGUAGGGAUGGGGGGUUGGGUGGGGAAUGCAGGGGGAGGAGGAGGGAUGGUAUGGGGUGGUGGGGCAGGUUCAGUGCAGGAGUAUCCGUGGUGGGUGGUGGUGGCCCCUGAUGCCCAGUGCCGCUCGGAGCAGCAGCAGCAGGAGUAUCCGUGGUGGGCGGUGGCGGCCCCUGAUGCUCAGUGCCGUGCUGAGGAGAUCCGUGUUGAGUUUUAUGUCGUGCGAGUCGCGCGACCUUCCCCAUCUGGUGGGGGGGCAGUCACCCGCAAUACCACUCACCAGCAAGGGCCGGGAGCAGGGGGAGGCGUUGGGGCGAGACCUGCUUCAUGCUUUUGUCCCCUCCCUUGCACACCCCCCCCACCCCCCCCUCCUCUCCCCAGCCAUGCAGAGUCGCUAGACCUGCCGCACCUAAUAGGAGGGCAGUCACCCGCAAUACCGCUGACCAGCAAGGGCAGGGAGCAGGGGGAGGCGUUGGGGCGAUACCUGCUGGAGUUCCAGGGAGUGAUGUUUGACGAGGUGUUUGCCUCGCCCAUCCCCAGGGCAUGGGAGACUGCUUAUGCCACGUGCCAGGAGCUUGGCUUUCCACCCAGCCGAAUGCAGGAGGCAGAGGAGUUGAAGGAGCAGAGUUGCGGGCAGUGGGAGGGGAAGAAUCGGGCAGAUGUGUUCCCCACUGACGCCUCUCUUCCACGAAUCACAAGCGCCCAGCCGGAUUUUUUCUGCCCAGGAGGGGAGUCACAGCGGCAGGUUGAAUUCCGAAUGGUUGAGUUUUUCAACCAACUCGCAGUUUCCCGCUCUGCUGCACUUUUAGCUAAAUGUCGCUCCAUGCCGUCCAACGCUCCUCCCAUCCUACCGGUCCAGUCCCCAUUUCACUCACAGAUUCGACAUUGCAGUUUCCUCCCUCACUCUUUUGACCUACUCCCCGGGAGCCAAUAG